GGCGCGGUGCCGGGCCUGAGGAGCCGGGGAUGGCGGACAGCGGGGCGGGCGCGGUGCCCACACCGCCGGGUCCCCCCGCGGGGCUCUCGGCGUCCCAGCGCCGCGCCGAGCUGCGCCGCAGGAAGCUGCUCAUGAACUCGGAGGAGCGCAUCAACCGCAUCAUGGGCUUCCACCGGCCCGCGGCCGGCAAGGAUGACGACAGUCACACAGAGUCAAAGCUGCAGCACGAGCAGGAUAAAUCCAACUCCCUCCCUAUUCCUUCGGUUUCCAAGCGAAUCGUGCUUGGAGAUUCCGUGUGCAGUGUGCCAGGCUCUGCUGACCACGCAGGGAGCCUGGCAGAGCUCCGGGGGGACAAGGACUUGUUCAGCAAAGCCCCCGAGCUGGUCAGCGAGGGCACAGGGGAGCUCCGCCACCGGCACCGGGGCGAUCUGCCCCCGGAGGCUGCACCACGGCCACCCAGACACGGGCUGGAGCAGUACCUGUCCAGAUUUGACGAGGCUCUGAAGCUGAGGAACCAGCUGAUGAGUGAGAAGCCGAGCCAGGAGAACGGGAGUGCCGGGGAGGAGUUUGACUCUUUCCGCAUUUUCCGAUUGGUGGGAUGUGCUCUGCUCGCCGUCGUGGUCAGGGCUUUUGUGUGCAAGUACCUGUCAAUAUUUGCACCAUUUCUUACUCUACAACUCGCUUACAUGGGACUGUCCAAGUACUUUCCAAAGUGUGAGAAGAAGGUGAAAACGACAGUCCUGACUGCUGCUCUCCUGCUGUCUGGGAUCCCUGCAGAAGUGAUCAGUCGCUCCAUGGACACCUACAGCAAAAUGGGAGAUGUUUUCACAGACCUCUGUGUCUAUUUCUUUACUUUUAUCUUUUGCCAUGAACUUACUUUGGUUUUUGGCUCUGAAGUACCAUAAUGGCUGUACAAUUCCACACAGCAGCUACACUAAACCUUUCUGGACUGUGUUUCUUUAAUGUCUGACACUGUGCAGACAGGUCUAAACCUUCACUAAAAUUCCUACCUGUUGAAAUGCUUGAAA